AUCAAAAUUCGACCACACCCUGUUCUGACUCAGCCUACAGUCAUUGGGGAUGCAAAUUGCGAGCAUUAAAGAAGAGAGGAAGGAAUUACGUGCAUUGCAUUCUCCCACUUAGAAAUUUUGCAGCUUAAAAAUCUUUUGCAACACAAUAAAUCGGAGAACAUUUUUUCAUACAGAGGAACCGAGCUUGAUCUCAGUCUUUUCAAAAGGGAUCAAAGGGAAGGUCCCAAAUUUGCAUACGCAACCUUUGGUUCCUCUCCCAAGGCAAACACAACAUCAUGGUAGCAGAUUCUAAGUCCAAAUCCGACCUCUCUUUCGGCAAAACCUUUGUCAGCAGUGCUUUCUCUGCAUGUUUCGCUGAGGUGUGUACUAUUCCCUUGGACACUGCCAAAGUUAGGCUUCAGCUUCAAAAACAAGCUGCAGCGGGUGAUGUAAUCUCCUUACCUAAAUAUAAGGGUAUGCUGGGAACAGUUGGUACCAUUGCAAGGGAAGAAGGUCUUUCAGCACUCUGGAAGGGGAUUGUGCCAGGGUUACAUCGUCAGUGUGUGUAUGGAGGUUUAAGAAUUGGAUUAUAUGAGCCUGUUAAGUCUUUGUAUGUGGGGAAGGACCAUGUUGGAGAUGUUCCAUUGUCAAAGAAAAUUCUUGCUGGAUUCACAACUGGUGCAGUGGCAAUUGCAGUGGCAAAUCCAACUGAUCUUGUGAAAGUCAGACUUCAAGCAGAAGGAAAACUACCUCCUGGUGUUCCCAGGCGUUACUCUGGAUCUUUAAAUGCUUAUUCAACAAUUGUGAGACAGGAAGGAGUUGGGGCUCUUUGGACUGGUCUUGGUCCCAAUAUAGCAAGAAAUGGUAUCAUCAAUGCUGCGGAAUUAGCCAGCUAUGAUCAAGUGAAACAGACCAUUUUGAAAAUUCCAGGAUUCACUGAUAAUGUUGUAACUCAUCUCCUCGCUGGUCUUGGGGCAGGGUUUUUUGCUGUCUGUAUUGGCUCCCCAGUAGAUGUGGUUAAGUCCAGAAUGAUGGGAGAUUCUAGUUACAAGAACACCCUUGAUUGUUUUAUCAAAACAUUAAAGAAUGAUGGACCACUGGCCUUCUAUAAAGGUUUCCUUCCAAAUUUUGGACGGCUAGGAUCUUGGAAUGUGAUCAUGUUUCUAACCUUAGAACAGACUAAAAAUUUCGUCAAAAGCUUAGAGUCAUCUUGAGCUGAGUUACCUACAAUUUUCUGAGAGGGCUUGUCACAAAUGCAAAUGCAGUGAAAAUUUUAGAAAUAAAGCUCUCUUCAUUCUGCAAACUGAAGGGAUGUGGUAAAGCAUUUUUUCAGGGAGAAAUUUUUCUUUUUAUUUUUGAUAAUAAGUGAGGAUAUGUUAUUCAUAUAUACUGAUAACUUUUAGCUCUUUAUGAUAUAAUCUUAAGGAUUUCAUGAAGUUUCUUUUCAA